AUGGCACAUCCCUCCCAACUAGGUUUUCAAGAUGCAACUUCUCCUGUAAUAGAAGAACUUCUUCACUUUCAUGAUCACACUUUAAUAAUUGUUUUUUUAAUCAGCACGUUAGUACUAUACAUCAUUAUUGCAAUAGUAACCACCAAACUUACUAAUAAGUUUAUCCUUGACUCACAAGAAAUUGAAAUUAUUUGAACAUUACUUCCAGCCAUGAUUUUAAUCUUAAUCGCUCUUCCAUCGCUUCGUAUCCUGUACCUAAUAGAUGAAAUUAGCAACUCUCAUCUCACUAUUAAAACCAUUGGGCACCAAUGAUAUUGAAGCUAUGAAUAUACAGAUUAUGAAAACAUCACAUUCGACUCCUAUAUAACUCCUACCCAAGAUCUAAUGCCUGGUCAGUUCCGAUUACUAGAAACAGAUCACCGAAUAGUAGUUCCUAUGGAGUCACCUACCCGAAUCCUCGUUUCUGCAGACGACGUUUUACACUCGUGAGCUGUUCCAAGCCUUGGCAUUAAAAUAGAUGCAGUACCAGGACGGUUAAACCAAACAGCAUUUAUUGUCUCGCGACCAGGUGUAUAUUACGGCCAGUGCUCUGAAAUUUGUGGAGCUAACCAUAGUUUUAUACCCAUUGUUGUUGAAGCUGUUCCACUAAAAUACUUUGAAGAUUGAUCUUCCCUAAUACUCCAAGAUGCCU